AUGAACUCGUUUCACGACCAGCCAUACACGACCAGCAACCGGUCAAUAUGGCUUGAGCUCAUGAACAACAGCACGGCCGACUGGGGCCUGUCGCCGUUCCCGGCGAAGCUCGUGUUGCUCAACGGCACCCUGGCGGACGCGCCACCGGGCUCGGUGCCGGCCGACGCCAUCGUCAUCGAGAACGCGGGCCGCAAGCUCGCAGGUGACAGCCCCAUCGAGGCCGUCGUACUCGGCAUCACGUCCGCCAUCGCCAUCGCCUGCUUCGCCGGCUUCCUCAUCUACAGCUACUGGACGGGCUCACUCGGCCUCAGCGCGCAGGCCGAGCUGCCGGGCGACAACAACAGCAGCAACGACAUGCAAGAGCGGCGGCCGCUGGGGGCCGGCGGCGCCGAGGCGGGCCCCGACAGCCCGACAGCCUCGGACGCGCCGGACGGGUUCAUGACGGACGAGGCCUUUGGGCGCAGGCUGCGCAACUACUACUACCCGCCGACCGUGACCGAGACGGAGCUGCGCGAGCGCGACUAUGUGGCCGAGCCGGUCGGCGGUGACGACGUCGAGGCCGCCACGGAGCUGCUGCGGCGCAUGUACGCAAACGACCUCGAGAUCUGGUCGCGCGGCAGCGACCGCGGCUUCGACACGGCCGCCGCAAAGGACCGCAGCGACGCCAUGCUCGCCGAGGUGCGCGCCCGGUUCCAGGCCUGGGGCGCCGCCGCCAACGGGAGCGGGUGCAUGGACUGGCGCGCCGAGGUCGAGCCGCUGGCGCUGCGCGAGGGGUGGCAGGCGGCCGCGGAUCCGUUGGAGUGUCUGGACCACGGGCAGGCCCAAGGCGUGCUUUAUAGCGUCUCGGGGGCGAGGGCGGGCUGGCGGCAGGAAGAGGUGCCCGAGCUGCUCAAGGCUGGGCUGUUUUUGUUUUCGCCCCAGGGGAUACAGCAGAGGCGGUAUUCGUAG